GCCGGUGGAGGCUGCGCUGCGCGGACUCCCGUCCGGGGCUGACCCGGUGCGGCCGGUGACCCCGAGCGCUGGUGCGAGCUCUCCGAGCCUCGGUGCAGCCCCGCGGCAGGGGCUCGGCGGGGUCCCGGAGGGGCGCGGCGAGUCGCGGGGAGCCGGAGUCGGGGGUCCCCGAGCUCGGCGGAGGCGGCGGUGGGGACCUGUUCGAAGACGAGAGACAUGGAAGGUGGUUAUUCCUCAGGCCUGUGUCACGAAGUCCCAAAUGCUUACAGCUCCGAAGUCCUGCUGGAGGGCAGGGGCGGAGAGCCUGCUGCUGCCGCCGAGGGCCCGGGGACCCUGGAGAGCUCCAGGCUCUUCACCAAAAGGGACUUCGCAGAGGCCCCAGAGGAGGAGGAGGAGGAGGAGGAGGAGGGCUCUCUCAGGAACUCCCUGAAGAGGGCCAAUAUCCAGCUCGUCCGAGGUGUGCAGGAGUGGCAGGAUGGCUGCGUCUACCGAGGGGAGUUCGGGCUGGACAUGAAGCUGGGAUACGGGGAAUUUUCUUGGCCUACAGGUGAGUCCUACCACGGGCAGUUUUACCGCGACCACUGCCACGGCUCAGGCACCUACACGUGGCCGGAUGGCUCCAGUUUCACGGGCACGUUUUAUCUCAGCUGCCGAGAAGGCUAUGGCACCAUGUGCAUGAAGACCAGGCUCUUCCAGGGGCUGUACAAGGCGGAUGAACGGUUCGGGCCGGGCAUUGAGACGUACCCCGACAGCAGCCAGGAUGUGGGGCUGUGGUUCCGAGAGCACCUCAUCAAGCUGUGCACGGAGAUUCCCAACGGCUUCUCCAUAUGCAGCUACCCUGAGUUCUCGGGCUUCCUCACGGACUGUCCUGCUAGAAUCUGCCUCUCAGAUGAGGAGAAAAUGGAGUGGGAUCUGCAUGGGGAUCAGGACCCCUUUUUCUAUGACUAUAAACAGUUUCUUCUGAAUGACGACCUCACUCUGCCUCCAGAGAUGCAUAUCUACUCGACGGACAACAGUCACCUGCCCAUGACCUGCUCUUUCCGCAGAGACUUAGAUGCCCAGAUCUUCCUUAAUGACAUCCCUCCAUUUGUGGAGGACGGGGACCCCUGGUUUAUCAAAAAUGAGACCCCUUUGAUGGUCAAAAUCCAGAAGCAAGCUUACAAGUUUAGGAACAAGAAGGCUCACACCAGCUGGAACAUGGGCGCCAUCCUGGAGGGGAACCGGAGCGGCUUUGGGAGGCCUGGGCCCAAGGAGCAGCUUUCCAUGGAUAUGAUCCUGAAGGCCGAGGAAGGCGACUACGACUGGAUUUACGGGAUCCUGAGGGAGAGCAUUGUCAGUCCCGACGUGGCCGACUCGAGGGGCUACACUGUGCUCGCCGCGGCUGCUGUCCACUGUCACACUGACGUUGUCAACCUUCUGCUGGACCACGGGGCCGACGUGAACAAGUGCUCAGAUGAGGGCCUCACGCCACUCAACAUGUGCUUCCUUCUCUACUACCCGGCCCACUCUUUCAAACCCAACAUCGCUGAGAGGACAGUGACCAAGCCCCAGGAAGCUCCAAAACUCUCAAAGUCUCCAAGCCAUUCCUUCUCAUUCUCCGAAGUGGCCGUGGAGUCACUCUCAUAUGAGGAAUCUGUCCCCACCCGCGGCAGCCAGGAUCUGAAGGCGCCACCCGUGGUGCCCGGCAGCCAUGAGGGCAGCCUCUCUCUGGGCACCCGGCAGUCUUGGGAGGCCACCAACCUGAGGAGCAGCCUGCAGCAGUGGGAGUCCACAUCGCCCAGGGGCAGCACCAGCGAUGCGGGGAAGAGGCUGGAUGACGUGCCAGGGAACCUGGACGCGUGCUCGCUGGGCAGCAAUGAGACGGCCUUCGAGUCCAACCUCUGUGUGCACAGCUUCUCCAUCGAGCUCUCGCAGGCCAUCAUGGAGAAGAGCGCCAGGGCCCACAGCAUGCUGAAGGCCCCCUCCUUGGGCACCACCAACUCCGACAAAGGGACCAUGAGGCAGAUGGCACUGUCCAUGAUUGAACACAGGAACAGGUGGCUGACCAUCAACCUCCUGCUGCACCGAGGCGCCGACCCCAACUGCUGCGGCGUGCCCAUGCAGGUCCUGUUCUUCGCUGUGAGGGCCGGGGACGUGGACGGGGUGAAGCUGCUGCUGGAGAAUGGGGCCAGGACCGACAUCCAGCUCCCCGCGGAGCUGUGGGCCCUGACACCCCUCCACAUUGCAGCCGCCCUUCCCGGGGAAGAAGGCGUCCAGAUAACAGAGCUGCUGCUCCACGCCAUCAUCGAUGUGGACGCCAGGGCAGCCGACGAGAAUGACGUGUACAGGCCGGACAGGGUAGACAUGUUGCCUUCAAACCUGAAGCUCAACAAUGAAGCUGGCCCAGCCAGCAUCUACUACAGUGAGCGCACGGCCGUCUCCAAUGAGGGGGGCAGGACGGCUCUGCACGUGGCCUGCGAGCGCGAGGACAACCACAGGUGUGCCAGGGACGUAGUCCAGCUCCUCCUCUCCCACAAAGCAAACCCCAACAUGCUGUGGAGUGGCCACUCCCCACUCUCGCUGUCCAUCGCCAGCGGGAACGACCUGAUUGUGAAGGAGCUUCUGUCCCAAGGAGCUGACCCCAACCUGCUCCUGACCAAGGGCUUGGGCAGUGCCCUGUGUGUCGCCUGUGACUUCGCCUAUGAGAACCAGAGGAACAUGGACAGCAAGCUGGCCCUGAUUGACCUACUCAUUAAUUACGGAGCUGACAUCCUGAAGCCCAUUGUGCUCAUGCAGGGGGACAAGGUGGCUGUGGGCACAGCUGUCGACUACGGGUAUUUCAGAUUCUACCAGGACCGGAAGAUCGCCCACUGCCCCUUCCACUCGCUGAUGCCAGCAGAGCGGGAGACGUUUCUGGCCCGGAAGAGGCUCCUGGAAUACAUGGGCAUCCAGCUGCGCCAGGCCGUCUUUGCCAAGGAGAGCCAGUGGGACCUCAAGAGGCUGUACCUGAGCAAGAGAGCGGAGCUGAUGCCCUCCCACAGGCUGAAGCGGAAGAGCACGGGGCUGCCCAAGGCGCUGCAGCUGGAGGAUCAGGGGCAGAUUCCCUUCUUCAAGUUCUGCUACCAGUGUGGCCGCUCCAUCGGGGUGCGGCUCGUGCCCUGCACCCGCUGCUACGGGAUCCUGACCUGCAGCAAGUACUGCAAGACCAAGGCCUGGACGGACUUCCACAAGAAGGACUGCAGUGCCCUGGCAGCCCUCGGGAAAGAACAUUUGUCUCUAAAAAAGAACUUGCAGAAGCCCUUGAAGCAUCAGGGCAAGGCAAGGCGCCAGAGACCGGAGACGCAGAAGCUGCCACUGGGGCCACACUACUUCUAUUCCGCCUACAACAAGUAAUGAGUGUCUGGCCACCCACCUGACCCCACAGGGCUCUGCGAGCCCCAAGGCUGCCUCCUGGCCUGCCCCACACUCAUCUCCCAGGAGGUGGCACCAGGGCCACCCUGGGACUCGCAGAAGGGCAGGCAGGCGGGUGAACACAUAGUCGCUGCCCUGUAGGCAUCCGGGGAGGCCCGUGCUGUACCCUGGGGCCCCUCAGGAGCUGCGACCUCUCCGUGGAGCCGUGUUCUCUCUCCCAGGGUGUGCUGCCUGGCCCCCUGUCCUGGGGGAACCCUGCUCCUCACACUCAGGGGACCUGGGGUCCCAGCCACUGGGGCCUCAGCAUUCCAGGGCCCAGGGGGACAGAGGCUGUGUUGAAUGUUUGCCGGGAAGACUGGCACAGGCUGUGAUGCUCAAAUAAAGUGACUCUUCAGCGGAUCACGCAUCUGUGUCGGCCUCUAGCCUCUGACCAAGGAGCUGGGUGCCAGGGUGCUGUACAUAGGGGUGAUGCCUUGAGGCCAGUGUGGGGCACCCCUGGGGGGCUGGCAGCUUUCCCCCAAAGAUUAUGAAGGACUCUGCUUGGGGAGGCAUGGUGGCUGGGGCAGGGGUCCCCAAUCUGGUGAGAGGCGCCAGACACGGCAGGGUUCUGUGGCACUAGGGACAGAGCAGACCAUCAGGACGUCCUGCCAGGUUUAGCCUCGGGACAAUGCUGGCCCCCACACACUGGCCUCCUGGACACCUCUGAGGUUACUUGGCAGGAACUGGAACUGCCCGGGGAGUUGGAAGACUCGUGUCCAGAGCAGCAAAGGGGUGGACGGCAGGCGGGCCUCUGCCUUCUCCCGGGUACCAGCGAGGCUGCCCGGGGUGGUACGGGGAGAUGCAGACCGACCCAGCUCUCUGCGGCCUUGGGGGCAUCCAUACCACUGGGUGCAAUCAGCAUCCAAGCCCCUCCCAACCUCCCCACAGGCCCACAGU